GAGGAGGAGUCGCCGAACCCAUCUAAUCUGGAUUAAAUAGUCCCCUCUGCGGUCAGGAUUCCCCGGAAUGACAUUAUGAUGGAGCUGAACUGGGUUGACGCUUCAUGCAACGAGCAGCGACGUCUAAACUGCAGCGGGCUGGAUGCGUUUGUAAUGAAGUUUCCGAUAUUAUUUAUUUUAUUUUUUUUAGUGACGAGGAAGAGCUGCAGGGGCAGUAAAGUUGUGUGAGUAUUUUCUGCCACACACAUGGAUGGAUACUACCGGUGUGCGGCAGCAGCAGCACGCUGCGCUCUGCAGCAGCAGGCGGACUGAACACUGCAGCCCGCGCUUCAUGCACGCUGCUGCGCUUAACCAUGAGCGCCUCGCCACGGAAUAAACAAGGCCAACGCGCCGCGGUCAGGGUAAAUCUCAACAAUCCACCGAUUAUGAGCAGCUAAACAUACAGCUUCAAGUGCAUGACCUUAGCUUCUGGUUUGAAUCCAUCAUGGAGGACAGCAAACUUAUCUUCAGCCUCGACCACCUGGACGAGGGUCCCUCUGUCGUCUUUUCAAAAGAGCGACCACAAACCCUGGGCUGUCAACGUGAACUCAGUCUAAGUAUGAAUCUAGACCUGAACCAAAGCCACAGAACUCAGCCUCUCUACCUGCCUCACUCUCCGUCAUCCCCAGGCUCUCUGUCCGAUCUGUCAGCGUUAUCCGCAGACCUCCUCGUCUCGACUGGCUUGGUCAAAUCGUCCUCCACGGACCUGAAGCCGAAGGACAGCAGCGCCCUGAGAGGCAAGCCCCUCCUCAGCCUGGUCAAGUCGCUCAGUACAGAGAUCUCCCGCCGAGGUGAGCCUGACAACAACCUCUCAAAGUCAGACUCCAAGCUGCAUCUGCAUCCCUGGAAGCAGGUUACUCACCCAAAGAUGCCAGAAUAUGGGCCUACAGCAGGGGCGCUGAGCGAAAACGACGACUGGGUGUCUCCUCCGUCCACCGGCAGCAUGUCUCCCGCUGAACCCAGAGGCAGUUCCCUGAUUGCUGAGCUGGAGGACACCAGGAGGAAGUUUUCAGAGGCCAUGCACGAUCCGCUAAGCAUGCUGAGUAAGAUCAUGGGGGACGAGAACUCUGGAAGCCCCAAGCAGGUUAGGGGGUCUGGUACAGGAGACUCGCCAUCCUCCCAGGGCGGCUGUGAGCGGGACAGGAGCAGUGAAGACUCAGACCUCAGGUGUAGAAAGAGAACAGACAAUGAGCACAGAGCUGUGUGUGACGACCCGCUCAGAAGACUCCAAAAGGAUUCAUCGAUGCAAUCUUCAGUCUUCCCAGACCAAAACAACCAAAGCAGAGACAAGCGUCUGGAAAUCUGCUCUUAUGGGGAUGUGAUCCAAGUGGUGGAGCUUCAGAACGGAUCCACCGGCAGACGUCAUAAAAUGGACCCCGCGCCUCAAGUCUCUUUUUCAGGAUCGUCGUUGCCUUUUUACUGGCUCAUCCCCGUAGGUCUACUGGCUUACGGCCUCUUUGUCCUCCCGCUGCCUCCGUACUUAACCGGUCUGUCCAUGGGGAUCGCAUGCGGCUUUAUAUUGGGCUUGGUGGUGGUCUUCGUGUUUGCCCCGCGGCAUUCCCGCAGCAAAGAGGGGUCUCGAAGCAGGUCCAGAUCCAUCAAAGUGGAUCCGCUGGAUGGGGAGCUCAUGGGUACCGGAAUCAUUGAGGGCUGGAUGAAUGAGGCGCACGGUUACGAUCCUGACACCUUCCACCCUUCUGCAAUGCACUCGGUCUAUGUGACGCUGGACGGCAGCCGGCUGCACUUGGCAACCCCCCGUGGCAACGUCCCCCGGUGGGCAGCGUUCGAUGAGCCACACCGCGAGGCCGUGUUUCUGAACAGCCGUACUUACCAGCUGGCUAACAGUGAGGUGUCUCUGGUCCCCCCUGGUUUGGCUCGUAAGAGGGUUUGGAACAAGAAGUACCCCAUCUGCAUCACUGUGUCUGAGGGGGAGCUGGGGGAGAAGAGCCUAUUGGAGGGGCAGGAGGAGGGUGAAAUAGCAGAGAAAUCCACCGUCCCCAGCCAUCGGUCCCCUGCCACGCUGUAUCUGUUCGGCCGCACGGGAAGAGAGAAAGAGGAGUGGUUUCAGCACCUUCUAUUGGCCUCGAAGGCCGCAGGCCAAAGCGAAUUGAACUCAGAGGAAAUCGAAGAAGCACAGAGUGGAGGGGAGGCUGUUAAGGAAAGCACAGAAGAGACGCCCGACUUGUCGGCUAAAACAAGAACUAUGUUGGAGUACAGCAACUACAUGAUGCAGCUGAUUGGCUCAGACAGAUGCAGCCCUACCCCCGUCUGCAGUGACAAAGGAAGCCCCUCAGCUGGCAUAAAGGUCUCCACCGAAGACCGUGUUUCUGGGGGCGAAGCUGGAGGGGACUCCGGGGAAGCAACUGAAUCGGGUGGAUGCUCCCCAGAUGGCCAGCACGCCUGGAUAAAUUCCCUGGUGGGGAGGAUUUUCUGGGACUUUCUCCGAGAGAAAUACUGGGCCAAUCAGGUGGCUCACAAAAUCCAGAAGAAACUCAGCAAGAUCAAGUUGCCUUACUUCAUGAACGAGUUGACGCUGGCUGACUUGGACAUGGGAAGCUGCCUUCCUCAGGUCCUAACCACAUCAAAGCCCACGCUGGACCGCAGAGGUUUGUGGCUGGACCUGGAGUUAAUGUACACAGGCUGCCUACAGAUGACCCUGGAGACCAAGAUGAACCUGUGUAAGCUCGGCAAAGAGGGAGAGGAUGAACCACACAACAUUCCGGAGAACCUGCAAAUGGGCUCCAAGCCGAGGCUGUGUAUAUUGGUAGAUAGUGAUGAAGAGUCCUCCAGUGCUGGGUCUUCUGAUGAAGAGGAAUUACCCCCAUCCGAUCCACAGAGUCCACUGGGUGACCGAAGUUCUCCAGGAGCAGCUGAUGGGCACACAGGUGGUAGCACGGGCAGGAAAAUCCUGAGAUUUGUGGACAAGAUAACCAAAUCCAAAUACUUCCAAAAGGCAACAGAAAAUGAGUACAUCAAGAAGAAAAUAGCAGAGGUCUCCAACAUGCCCCUGAUGCUGAGUGUGGAGGUCCUGGAGCUUUCCGGAACGCUGACCAUCAACAUCCCGCCUCCUCCUACUGAUAGGAUAUGGUACAGUUUCCGGGUGCCUCCCAGGUUAGACCUCCAUGUGCGCCCCAUGCUUGGAGAGAGGGAAGUCACCUUCACUCACGUGACAGAGUGGAUCGAGAGAAAACUGCAGUGUGAGUUCCAGAAAAUAUUCGUCAUGCCCAACAUGGAUGAUUUAUAUCUGCCCCUGAUGACAUCUGGCCUGGAAAACCCGCCUGCGUCCUGCCAUUCCUCUGUGAUUUCGUCUUCCCACCAGUCUUCCAUGGAGUCUCAGGAAUACCUGUCAGAAUAGUGCAACCCCUUUGGCUGCAGAGCAAAUAUUAUGUUGAAGAAAACGAGAUGUCAUGCAUCUAUCGAGAUGAAACCUUGUGGUGUUAGGGGGCGACAGAUUGGCGGUCACCCUAAUUGAACUUGUAGUAGCAAAGGAAGCCAUGCUGAACUCAAACUGUGACGUUGGGACCGUCAAAGCCAGGAUAAGUGCCACCUACAGAGAGUUUAAUGACUGAUAUUACAUUAGCUAAUGAAUGUCUUUUUAAAGUGAUGCAAACUGGAACUGCACAAGACAAAAAAAAAAGUCUCCAUCCCCCCGUCCGUCCAUCCACUUUGCAUGUCAUUCAUUUUACUUUUCUUCUAGAAAUGAAACUUACUUGAAAUUUCAAAAGGUGUUCCUUUAUUAAAGUUUAAUUUGCAGACAUCACAGCUAAUAGAAAAACAGACAUCUAUUCCAGUUCCUAUUCUUAAAAAAAAAAAAAAGCUAGUUUAAAAAGACCACAUUCUGAAAAAGUGAAAUAAAUGUAUUAUGCUGCAGGAAUAUCAGCCUUUCUUUCAGGCCUCCUCUGGCAGAGUUUGCAGCAUUGUCUUUAGAGGAUCUUUUUUCUGGGGCCCCUAUGAAUAUAGCAGAGGUUAUAGUUGAAAAAA